UUGUACUGAGCAACAGCGAGAUAUCACAGUCAUCGGGAUCCCUAUAAAUGCGGAUGGGGUCUCUGAACAGCACCAUCACUGAGAUCCAGCACGUAUUGGGAACAUGACUAGCCACUCACAGGGAAUUCAUCAGCUUUUACAAGCCGAGAAACGGGCCAAAGAAAAGUUAGAGGAAGCCAAGAAGAGGAAGGGAAGACGAUUGAAACAAGCAAAGGACGAGGCACAAGCUGAGAUAGAUCAAUAUCGUCUGCAAAGGGAGAGGGAGUUCAGACAAAAGCAAGACUCUAUCAUGGGAUCUCAAGGUAACCUUUUAGUCAAAGUGGAUGAACAAACCAGAGCAAAAAUCAAUGGGCUCAUAAACAACCAUGAACGGAACAGUGAGAAGGUUCUGCAGGACCUCUUGGGGAUCGUGUGUGAAAUCAAACCAGAAAUCCAUAUUAAUUUUAGAGAGGCAGGCUCCCAUUGAUGGGAUAGUCAGUGGUGAAUUAAGCUUUAUCAAACUAUAAAUGUGAUAUCAUUGAAGUUAAUUGACGUUGCAUAAUGUGCAUUUUUCAUGGAAGCAGUGUUGACACCUUUUAUUUUGGACUAAUCACCUUGGGUUGUUUUCCUACAAUAUGAAUGCACAUGGUUGUUGUUGAUGGUUCCUACUUUCACCCCUGUAUCUGCAGUUAGUCUCAAGAGAGUCUGUCAGUCUAGCCCCCAGAUAUCUCAGCUAUCUAUCUAACGUUCUUUACAAAAAGCACUGUAGGACAAAAUGACCAUCCAGCCCCUUGAGACAGUUGGACCACUCAAUUAGAUAAUGGCAUCUAAAUCCAGAAGUUGGUGUGGAAAGAAUUCUGCUACUGUCAAACUUAUUUAUCUUUGGUCUGAUCUGAGGGAACUUUACAAAUAGCAGAAAAAGUCAGAAAGGGAAAGUUUGUCCUACAUCAUUUCCAACUCUGGUGGAAUGAAUUAAAAUUAUCAGCUUAAUUAAUCACUCACAAUUCUUCACCUAUAAACCAAAUUCAGUAAACAGUUAAGCCAGGUAUGACUAAUUUGUUAGUUAUCAUUCUCAUAUAUUCCAAUGUACACAAAUUAUCAAAAAAAACUGUCUCAAUCUUGAGCCUAAUGAUUGUGGCCCAUAUUGACAUCCAAUCAAUUGUCAGCUUUGAAUUUUUUUUCGGUUUGUUUUCCAAAAUUUCAAUUUGAUUCUCUUCAGUUGUUUGUAUGUGGGAAUGUAGCCAGGUUCAGUUCCCAGAAUUUGUGUUACCCUCUUACACUUAGAACCAUACUUCCAAUGAGCGACAGAUUGUACAUUUUCUGUGCUCUGCAUGAUCACAGUUUGACACUUUUGACAUCAGUGCAACUGGGCCAGGUUUUUGGUGCUGUCUUGUUAUCAACCAAUGGAUUUUCUUUUCAGGGAAGUCACUAUAACCCAGACCUUUUAAAGCUUGUAUCAUACUUCAGCAAUUAAUUUGUGGCACUUCUUUUGGCCUUUCUCUAAAAUAGUUGAACUUUCUCACAUACGGAAUUUGAGAGACCCGUGCCUCCUGAUUUGUCUAUGCCACCAGCCUAAAACUGGGGAUGGUGGCUGAGUGGUUGAGCAAGUCUGUCCCUGGGAGAAGGGGGCAGGUUUCACAGUUUACUUGGCUUGAGUCAGUUCAUAGGCAGCAGUUUCUCAUAUACAUGCUAAAGCAGUGCCAGAUUAAAGCAGUUUAUACCUUGCCUGGCCCAUUUUGGAAGACUCAGGUUUACAGUCACCAGUUGCCCUGGUGACAUCCUCUCAAUGGCCCAGAGACGCAAUCAGCAGUGGCUGGUUUUAAUAUGCUUGCAUUUCACCCUCUCAGAUGACAUUUAUUUCCUUAGUACAGGGGAAAAGCUCCGCUUUGAUGUGAACAGGACACAAAUAGCCCAUCUGCAUCGAGCACUCAUGAUUUACAUAUUAAUUAGUUAUUAUAUGAAACAAGGGAUGGACUGAGAUACUCAGGUACUUGAGAACUGGGGUUAUGCUUUCCAGCUUAUUUUCUGUCCUUUUAUUUAAAUAUCAGAAACACAAAUGCAAAUAGCUGCAAAAAUAGCAAAGUGAAAGCCUUUGAGAAUACAGCCCUCAGUGUAGCAGGUAAUCAAUUUAAACUGUUUGAUAUAUUCAGAUAGGCUGUUGUAAUGAGUUCUUUUUUUUGUGGUACUUGGAGUCAAUGUUUAAAAAUGGGAUACGAAUCAAAAUGUCACAGCAGCAACUCAUUUGUGUGUUUUAGUUUCAUUCCCUUAAUAACCCAACAUAAAAGAUGCACAAGCCUUUAUCGAGGAGAUGGGAAUCAUAUCAUUUCUGUGGUUUAUCUCUUAGAGGAACAAAGUAGUAAUUUGUGACCUUCCACUGGAUCGCAGUGAUAAUUAAUGAAAAUGUGUGAAUUAAGUUAUUUUAACAGUCUGUUAAUGUUCACAUUGAGCAGUAAAUUACCUUGAAACGCUUCCCAAAUGCUAGUUUGUUUCUGUCAGGCAAAGGUGUAUUUUGAAAUCCAAUUGUUCUCAUUUCUGCGAAGGUAAUUAUGCUUAUUUUUGUGCACAAAUCCCCAAAUGACAU